UCUUUUGUUGGUUAAUCCUUCCGAGUUGGCGGGGGUCUGAGCGCAGCAGAAGCAGGCAUCGGGCAGAGGAGGAAGAGUGCGUUUGAGGAUACACUGCUCACUCUCUCUCUCUGUGCAGGCAGUGGAGUGAGUGAAUGUGCGGAUAGAGAAGCGGGGCUAGACCUACUUAUUUGGUUAUUAUUCCAGAUCAGUGAAUCAAAAGGAACGGCAAAGAGGGGGGGGGGAAGUAUUUUUUUAUAUACUGUUGCUGUGCAUUUCACGGAGCGAUGGCCGAGCGAAUGAUGAUGAGCCACGGGCGAUUUCCCGAAGGAGUCAACGGGUUACCGGUCCGGCGGAUGGCCAUGAGCCCCUACGCCCAGCACCAGCACUCUUACGGCGGCCUGAUGAGCGAGCAUCCGGCCGUUGGCUCCUUGUUGCACUACCCAGGGGGCGGUAAUGUGAACUCCAGCAACGGGGCGAUGAGGCAUGGACUGAUCCCGGGGGUGAGGCAGCCGCCGGUCGGUCACCUGGGCAGUGUGUCUCCCCAGAGCAUCAGGUACACCUCUAGGCAGCAACAGCAACCACCACAACAGCCUCCAACCCCUGCACACCCCCAGUACAUGGGUCCGCCGGUGUCCGGGAGCAGUCCGGCCGCACAACUGGCAGCCAGUAUGCACUUGCAAAAACUGACCAGUCAAUACUACGGCCACCAACAUCAUUACAGCCUGACGGAGCUGCACCCGGCCAAUGCAAUACAGCAGCAGUGCACAGAGAUCAGGCAUCACAGUCCUUCGAUGCCUCCCACCCACCACAUGUCCGCUGCAAUACUGCCCCCCAAUGUUAUAGACACGGAUUUUAUCGACGAAGAGGUGCUGAUGUCUUUGGUGAUCGAGUUAGGGUUGGAUCGCAUCAAGGAACUCCCCGAACUCUGGCUAGGACAAAACGAGUUCGACUUCAUGACCGAGUUUGUUUGUAAACAGCAGCCCAGCCGGGUGAGCUGUUGAAGAGAGUGUGCGAAAAGAUUUUAACAAAAAAAAGAAAUGCAAAAAAAAACUUCCAGUGAGCUAAAAAUAUUCUAUUUGCAACCACACCAGAGAGGGAAAAAAAUCUUUUGUUUUAAUUACCGUUUCACCCGCUGAGUGUUGGUGAUUUUUUUUAUCGUGUUUGAUCACACAGCACAUAACCAGUCCUAGAUACAACUACUCUUGUUUCGUUUUAAAUGUUUUUUUUAAAUUUGAAACCAAAAGCCAAAACAAUAGCUUGAAAACUGGGCCCCUUGAAAACCUGAUCUCACCCCGUCCACAGUUUGAAGUUGGGGGAAGGUGGGAGUUGAUGCAAGGGGUUGUGAGGCAUUUGCUGAGAUUUUCUUUUAGAAAGGAAAGUGGGUUUACCUUUUUUUCUUAAAAUAAAUCACUCUUGCUUUUGAAAGCUAAGUCUGUGUGGGCAUGAGGGUGUAUUGAAGAGAGCAAGGAGAAUUUUCUUGAGUGCGGUUAAGUGACUUAUUUUGAAACAGCAUUGAUAAGAUUUAAUCAGAAAAAUUUAAGGGAUGUGUGAUUGUAUAUAAUGGUUUCAAUCCUUUUCUACAAAAAUUAACUUGGCAGUUUUAAAAAAAACUGUCUUUAACAGAAAGUCCUGUAACUUAAACAAAUGACAAUGGACUUUCACACAAAGACAACAUUCCUCUGGGCCUGAUGUCCCUGCCUCCUCCCUCUGUUUGGUGAAUGUUUGGACAGUUACAGGCUGGAGUGUGUGUGCGCGUGUACUUGUGUGCUCGAGUGUGGGGGUGAAAAACAUUUCCCAAAAGUUUUGUUUCUUGAAAUACUUAAUGUUUCUUUGUUUACUUGCCACUACAGUGCUGGUUUAUAGUUUACAAUGAUAUUCUGUAUUGAAGCCAUGAGAUGUGUUGGGGGGACUGGGGAGAGGAAAAAAAACAUGGACAGUAUUUUUUUACAAACGUAAAUAUUGCAGAAAAUGUGUGUGUGUUUUCUUAAUUUAUUAUUCAAUGCUUUGUUUAUUUUGAGAAGGUAUAAUAAAGACCCUGGAGAGUAUGAUAACUGU